AGCGCAGCCUUUGUCCGCCGCUCCCCCCGCCGGUAUAUUUACGGGGCGCGGCGGCCCGGGGCGGGCUGGGGCGGCGGAUGGCGGGGGCGGGCCGGGGGCCGGCGGGCAGGAGGCGACGGUGACGGGCGGGCGGCAGCCGGGGCCGCUCCAUGUUCGCCAUGGACUACUCCUACCUCAACUCCUACGACUCCUGCGUGGCCGCCAUGGAGGCGUCCGCCUACGAGUUCAGCCCCUGCAGCCAGGCCGGCUCCUUCCAGUACAGCCCCAUGCGGGGGGGGUUCCCCGCCGGGCCCGCCUGCCCCCCCCUCGCCUCCGCCAACUGCGCCCUGGGCGCGCUGCGCGACCACCAGCCCUCGCCCUACUCGGCAGUGCCCUACAAAUUCUUCUCGGACCCGUCGGGGAUCAACGAGAAGCGGAAGCAGCGGCGGAUCCGGACGACGUUCACCAGUUCCCAGCUGAAGGAGCUCGAGAGAGUCUUCGCUGAAACCCACUACCCCGACAUCUACACCCGUGAGGAGCUGGCCCUCAAGAUCGACCUCACCGAAGCCCGGGUGCAGGUCUGGUUCCAGAACCGCCGAGCCAAAUUCCGCAAGCAAGAGCGGGCGGCCAACGCCAAGGGCGCGGGGGGCAGCGCCGGCCCCGCUGGCAAGAAAUCGGAGCCGCGCUCUUCCUCGGAGGAUGAUGAGUCCAAGGAGUCCAACUGCAGCCCGACCCCCGACAGCACGGCGUCCCUGCCCGCCGCCGGCAGCCUCGGCAGCCCCGGCAGCAGCUUGAGCCCCAGCCCCAGCGCGGGGCCACCCAUGGGACCCGGUCACCCCCCGCAACCCCUCAAGGCACCCAUCUGGCCCGGGGUGAGCCCCCCCGGCGGCACCGCCAACGCCGCCGAGCUGCUGAAGGCCUGGCAACCCGCCGAAGCCGUGCCGGGACCUUUCUCCGGCGUCCUCUCCUCCUUCCAUCGGAAGCCCAACGCCCUCAAGACAAACCUCUUCUGAUGCGACCAUUGCCGGAUCCAGCUGCCCCCGCCCCAAAAACCCCCACACACACCGCCCCCCCCCCUCCCCAAGUGCUGCCCACCCCCCAAACCCCCCCAGCGAUGCCACUCCGGCAAAUGGCUGCUGGUGGGGAGAUGGAUUGGGGACCACCCCACCACCCACCCCAACAACCCUCCACCCGUGCUGCUUGCACCCAAAGCUGCUCCCCCCCGGGGAGGGGAGACCCCCCCCCCCCCUUCUCCUGAACUCUGGGGGCAGCCCCCACCCGUGGGUGCUGUAGGACCAUGGGGGUGCAAAGAGAGGGGGGGGGGGCAGCAGCCUCUGGCCCAGCUGGCAUGCCCCGGGCGCAGCUUUUGGGGUGCACCCCAGGGGUGGGGGGCAGCUGCGGGGCUCCCCACGGCACUACGGGUGCUCUGGUAUCAUGGUGGCCCCCGCCACCCCACCCUGGGAGACACGCCCCCCCCCCCCCCCCCCCCCAUGGCUGCUGGGGUGGGGGAUGAGGAAGCACUUUAGGGCUGGGGUUCCUGGGGGCUGCUGGGGAGCGGCGCCGGGGAAUUUGGCAGCGAGACCCCCCCCCAAUCGGUGCAGGGACUGGGGUGAUACCCCCCCCAAAUCCCACCUGCAGACACGAUCUGCCCCCCUCCCCAGCAGCAUCCCGGCUUGGCGGGACUGGAGGGGAGAAGACCCUCCCCCCCACACACACACACCACACCCCCCCUGCCUCGGGGGGGCAGUGAGAUUUUGGGGGGCAAACCCAGGACUCUGCGCUCGCCAGAUGCCGCCAACGGGGACGAGGCACCAGGAGCUGCCGCUGUCCCAGUGUGCCGGGGCUGAACCCCCCUCCCCAAUAUGCCGCAGCCCCCCUAGAGAGAGGGGGGUGGCGUGGGAUGGAACAACCCCCCCCCCCCCCCGCGCCUCGGAGCAGCCGCGCCCCCUCGCCGCGGUGCUGGGAGCAGGAUGGGUGCUCCCACCCGAGUUGGUGUGGGUGCAGCCGGGACCCCCCCCCCUCCCCCGGCACAUCUCGGCAGUGAUCUUUUGGGGGUCGGGGGGGCCAGGGGUGCAGCUCAGGCCCUUGCACCCACCGUGGGUGGGGUGCCGGGGGGGGUUUCGUGGCCUGGUGAGUAGCGGCGAGACCGUGCCGGGGUCCUGUCCCCAUUCCCCGCCCCCCCACGCCGAGGGUCCCCCCCCCCCUCCCCAUCCCGGCUGAGGUG